AUUGUGACGCGGGCAGUGAAGGUGUAUAGGCUUUUUCGCGCACUGUUCAAAAAAGUAUUUUCAGCUGUAAAAUUUACGUUGAGCAAACGGACGUCGUGCGAGAGUUUUUUAUUGCGAGGAACCGCCCAACCUUUAUGAGAAGGUAGUGAUUGAACACAAGUGGCUGCAGGCCGUGAAGAGGCCGUUCCUGAAUCGUGAUGAGGCCUCUUCGGACCAAGGCGGGCGUGCGCAAGACGCCGGGUCGGCCGGCGCGGCCGGCGCUGCCCGAGGGCGUCGACCCGGUGCAGGUGGUGUGCCGGCUGCGGCCGGCCGCCGACGGCGAAGAGAAGUGUGUCGAACAGCUGGACGACACGGCCGUGCUGGUCACGCCGCCGGCCCACUCGCAGGCUUUCCGGUACGGCACGGCCAAGGAGCAGCAAUACAAGUUCAACGUGGUGUUCCCGGAGUUGGCGUCGCAGAAGCAGGUGUUUGACGCGGUGGCGCGGCCUCUGGUCAGUGAUCUGCUUAGUGGCAAGAAUGGUCUGCUCUUCGCCUACGGCAUCACAGGCAGUGGCAAGACACACACCAUGAUGGGUACUCCGUCUGACGGCGGCAUCAUGCCCCGGUGCAUCGACGUCAUCUUCAACAGCAUCGUCAACUACCAGGCGCGCCGCUACGUCUUCAAGCCAGACCGUCUGAACAGUUUUGACGUGCAGAACGAGGCGGACGCCAUGCUAGACCGGCAGCGGGAGAUCCUCAGCACGCCCAAGCCGGGAAAGACGCCGCGUAAGAGGCGUGUGGCACCGGCCGGCAGCGGCAGCGUGACGCCCGAGGAGAGUGAUGCCGCCUCCACGCGUGUGCCAGAGAUCAGCCAGGUGUCCGGCCUCGACGAGGACAACGCUUACGCCGUCUUUGUCUCCUACGUGGAGAUCUACAACAACUACGUCUACGACCUGCUUGAGGAGGUCGCCCCGGAGAAUAUGAAAAAGUCGAUGCAGUCCCGCAUGCUGCGCGAGGACAACAACAAGAACAUCUACGUGCACGGCGUGAGCGAGGUGGAGGUGUCGUCACCGAGCGAAGCGCUGGAGGCGCUGCGGCGCGGCCAGCGGCGCCGCAAGGUGGCACACACCACACUCAACACGGAGAGCAGCCGCUCCCACUCGGUCUUCACCAUCCGCGUGGUCCAGGCGCCGCUGGACCCGCGGGGUGAGGAGGUGCUCGACGACAAGGCGCUGAUGGUGGUUGGCCAGCUGUCGCUGGUCGACCUGGCCGGCAGUGAGCGCACCAACCGCACCAAGAACAACGGCGACAGGCUGCGCGAGGCAGGCAACAUCAACAACUCGCUGAUGGUGCUGCGCACCUGCAUCGAGACGCUGCGGGAGAACCAGCUGACGGGCGCCAACAAGAUGGUGCCGUACCGCGACUCGCGCAUCACGCACCUCUUCAAGAACUACUUCGACGGCGAGGGCAAGGUCAAGAUGGUCGUGUGUGUCAACCCGCGCGCCGACGAGUACGACGAGACGAUCCACGUGAUGAAGUUCGCCGAGUUGACUCAGGAGGUGGUGGUGGCGCGGCCGGCCGACCGGCCCCUGGACGUCGGCAUCGGUCUCACGCCGGGCAGGAGGAAGGCCAACCAGAUCCUGCGCGAGGCCCAGCGCCGCCUGGGGUCGGAGGUGGGCGCGCCGUCGGACGCCUCACCCGACGAACUGGGGCCCGUCUUCUGCCUGGGGCCCGUCUGGCCCAGCAUGGCCAUGACGCCCGGCGAGGAGGAGGAGACGGUGCGCUGCCUGGUGCGCUUCCUGGAGCGUCGCGUCCAGUUGCGCGCCACCCUGCUGCACGACCUGCACCGACAGCAGGACGCGUUCCGCCAGCUGCUGGUGAAGACCGAGAUGGAGAUGGCGGCGCUGCGCCAGGAGAACGGUACGCUGCGCGCCGCGUCGGAGGGCAGCGGCCGGCGCACGGCCGCGCUCGAGGCGCGCCUGGCCAGCGCCGAGGCCGCCAACGACAGCCUGACGCGCCGCUUCCGCGAGCUCAACGACAACCAGGCGGCGCUUGUCAACGAGCUGGACGAGAAGGAGAUGAAGCUGAACCAGGAGGGCCUGGAGCGAGAGCGCGUCAAGCAGCGCAUGAAGACCAGGAUGCAGAUCGAGAAGGAGCGGCUCGCCUCCGACAUGAAGAACAAGAUCAAGGUCAACCGGGAGCAGAUGAAGACGGAGAUCCGCGCCAAGGACGAGAAGCUGCGCGCGCUGCGUGACAUCAUCAACAACGACGACGCGCGGUUCGCUGUGCCGUCGGCGCCGCCGACGCCGGCGCCGCGGCCCAGCGUGUCGGGCGAGGCGGCCAUCCGGCCGUCGCGCUCCGACCCGCGCCUCUCGGCCACCCCCCAGCCCAAGCGGACUGUGCCCAUCGCCAAUCCGCGCCACCGCCGCUCCAAGUCGACUGACGCCGAGGUGUGGCUGGACCAUCGCCCCGGCCACGUGCUCGAACUGGCCACCAUUUUCCAGCCAAAGAUGAAGAAGCGCAAGUCGGUGACGAAGCUGGACGCCAAGGACGUGAUCAACGACAAGACGUCCAAGUACGUGCUGACCCAUCAGGACCAGGACUCGGCCGGCGAGGUGGAGACGCACAAGAUCAAGGGUGACGUGGUGCCGACGGUCGGCGGCGGCCGCGCCGUUAUCUUCAACGACAUGGAGACGCUGCGCCUGUCCAACCCGGGCGCCAAGCGGCCGUCCGACGAGCUGGGGCCCGGCGUGGACCGUGAGCAGACCCGCGACCGCUGCUCCACUGCGCUCGAGGGACACUCCAAGCGGCACAAGACCUGAGCGCGCCGCGCGGCCGCUGCGUGGCGGCGUCCACUGGCAGCUCGGGCGGGGUGUGGGCGUCGCCGGCGCGGCACUGUGCGGGUAGUGGUGGCGAGUGGCACCGCGGGGAGCCGCGGACUGUGCCCGGGCAAGGUGGCCCAGGCCGCGUGCGGUGCGCUGGGGACAGUGCGACCGCUGGCGUGGCACGUGCUGUGUAUACGGUGAUCGUGCCGGCUCAGCACCAGACUGCAGGUUGUGCAGUUGGCCGAGCGCUGGACGGCAGACUGCUACGGACCGGACUGGACGGCAGGCUGCUACGGACCGGACUGGACGGCAGGCUGCUACGGACCGGAAUGGACGGCAGGCUGCUACGGACCGGACUGGACGGCGUGCUGCUACGGACCGGAAUGGACGGCAGAGUGCCGGCUUGCGGUGCGACGCGCGCCGUUUUAUAAUCGCGCGGAUCGGGGCGUGCUCGCGGAUGUGAAUAGUAUUUUACGCCGGGACGUGCGCGUGUUGCCGUGGGCGUCCGAGUGUAUCCGGCGCUGGGGAAUGGUCUUCUGUCGCCUGUGUAGUGACACUCGCGCGGGGCUUGUAGUGCCCUGUAGCACCCCUGCCGAUGGGUUGAUGUAAGUGCGUGAGCCGAGCCGCGCAGCAUUUAACCGCGUACUUAAUGUCUGUCCCUCGUUGCUAGGCUGAGCUUUCGUGUGCGUGUGCCCGGUCUUGUUAUAACCAGCUACCAUGUACCAGAUACCUAGGCGUUACAAUAAACCAUGCAACUGUC